GAGAGAGAGAGAGAGAGAGAGAGAGAGAGAGAGAGAGAGUAUAUAAAGCAGAUCACUCCAGUCAGACUCAGAUCAUUCAUUAUCAGACAUCAGAAGCAAACGUUCAUCUGCUGAAGAAAUGAAUACGAUGGAGAAACCCCAGACACAGCUGAUCACAGACAGUGAUCUGUCUGAACAGAUUAAAGCCGUCACUAAAGACAGUCACACCAGAGCAGAAAACACUGAACUGAUGCUGAGCUACCAGAGAGGACAGGUGUCCCUAAAACAAUAUCAGAUGCUUCUGUGUUCGCUCUAUAAGAUUUAUGAGGCGUUAGAAGAAGCUCUCGACAGGAACGCCGCACACGACUCUGUGGCUCCCAUAUACUUCCCACAGGAGCUGGCACGUCUGCCGUCCAUCGGGAAAGACCUGGAGUAUUUCUACGGUCAAAAUUGGAGAGAGAAGAUCACAGUCCCGGCUGCCACGCUGAGAUACGUCCAGAGACUGAAAAAGGUGGGCAGAGAUCACCCUGAAUACCUGUUAGCCCACGCUUACACGCGCUACCUCGGUGACCUGUCGGGUGGUCAGGUGCUGGGUCGCAUUACCCAGAAGUCUUUGGGACUGAAGAACGGAGAGGGCUUGUCAUUUUUCUCAUUUCCUGCGGUUAGCAGCCCAAACCUCUUUAAGCAGCUGUACAGGAGCCGUAUGAACAGCGUAGAGCUGACGGAGGAGCAGAGGAGAGGAGUCCUGGAGGAGGCCAUCACUGCGUUUGAGCUCAACAUUCAGGUUUUUAAUGAGCUGCAGAACACUGUGUGUGAGUCAGAAAACAACAUGAGACAGAGACACACAAAACAAAAAGACAACACAACGACUGCAGAUCUUCCAGUGUCUGAAUCGAGCAGCUCGUCUCUGAUCCCACAGUUUGUGCGAACGCUGUUGGGUGUGUUUGUGAUUCUGGCUGUCGGGAUGGUUUAUGUCUUUUAAACAAACACAACACCUGCCACUCACCUGUUUAUUGUGUAAUAACGUUCACAUGUUUAAUAGAACCUCACUUCAAUGCAUUCAUUUAAAACACACAUCACUGUAUUUUUACUGUACAUGAAUUCAGAUCAGAUGUAUAAUCUGUGUUUAAUAUUUAUUAUUAUGCAUUUCAUUUAAUCAGACUCAAUCCAGAACUGAAUGCUCAGAAUUUUUUUGUAUAUAUAUGUAUAUACAUAUGUAGUUGUUGUAUUAAUACUAUAUUUUUGUAAUAAACUUGUUUGAAGAUUUA